AUGGCGCGGGUAGCUUGUCACAGAGAAAAGAUGUCAGUAGAAUGGUUUCAUUUUGUAUUAUUAUUUCACAGUAUUCAGAAUUAUUUCCCACAUACAACAGCAGUAGAAAGUCACAAUCAAGCUUUUAUACAGACAGACAACCAUCUUACAUACAUAGGUGGAACAAGAGACCUGACCGGCAUUCCUUUAGAUGUAAAACCAGGUCAUUUACAUGAAUAUGAUAGUCCAGAGGAUAUCUUAUUUAAAAGUUCAUCGAUACGACUAGAUCCACCAUGGCUGGAUUUUCAAGAACAAUCUGUAGGAAUGCCAAAGAUGGAGCAGGUCAUUAUACAAAAUACAGACCCAAAAAAUUCAUUGCACCUUUUGUCAAUAUCAGGCAGCACGGUGCAUUUUCAUUGUUCAUUUUUUCAAGAUAAAACAGUCCCUCCAGGAGGCAAUACCACAUUUGAUGUUGUAUUUUUAGCCAGACAGGAAGGAAAUGCAGAAAAUACAUUAUACAUACACACCUCACAGGGGCCAUUUACAUACCAUGUAUUUGGCGUCGGCAUCCCCAAUCCAUAUAGAUUACGACCUUAUUUAGGAGCAAAAGUUCCACUCAACAGUAGUUUUUCACCUAUAAUACAAAUGCAUAAUCCUCAUUCGUCAAUGUUACAGGUUUUAGAAAUGUUUUCCAGUGAAGGUGACCUGCACCUUGAAUUACCCACAGGGGAGUUAGAGGCACCAAAGAAUUUAUGGGAGAUCCCUCCGUAUGAGACCAAAGCAGUCAUGAAGGCGAACUUUAUAGGGAGGGUUGAGAACAACCAUACAGCUUUCAUCAGAAUAAAAACUAACCAGGAACACAAAAACCGACUCCUAAUACUUCCUCUGGAAGUGGAGGUGUCAUCAGUUCCUGGGAUCUAUUCUCCAUUAGAAUUGAUAGACUUCGGUAUUCUCCGGACGCUGGACGAGCCGACCACAGUACAGCUCAGCUUACUUAACACUGGCACAAAACCUUUACAUGUGACAGGAAUCACAGUGUCUCCUCCAAACAAUGCUAUAUCAGUAGAAUUUCGGCCAAUCCGACUACAGCCAGACAUUAUAAGACAAACGCCAGUGGCACAGAUAACAUUUAAAGCUGCAAAAGCUUUUCAUCCAAAACAGUGGUCGGGAAAAAUUAUUGUGAAAACUAAAAACUCCCACGUGAAAACUGUGAUACCAUACCAAGCUACUGUACUUCAUGGGUCAUUGGUAUACAACUCCAAUAGUUCACAGUUCUUCAGUGCCAAAAACCUGAUGAACAUCACACGGGUCAUGACAUUUACAAAUACAUUCAACUUCUCUGUAGUUGUUUAUAAUGUCACUCUUCCUCGUGACAUAGCACACUUCUUUUCUAUCCUCAACUUUACAAAGCCUGUGAUAUUACAGCCACAACAUACACUUGUACCAUUCCUGCUGCAAUUCCAUCCCAAUGAAACGCAGCUCCACUUCAACUCUCACUUAACACUGCAUACAAAUGCCUCCACAUUCACUGUGCCCAUAGUCGUCUACAAUGGCCAGCUAAAGGUGAUACCCCAUAGACCGGAGAGGUUCAAAGGUCAGCUGGAUUUUGGUACGAUGGGAAUACAGGAGACUAGAAGUAUGGUGUUUACCCUCAGAAAUGAUAACCCUGUAGACGUUCACAUAGGGGAGAUAACUCCGGACCUGAAUGGUACAGUGGUGCAGUUUUUAGGGAUGGAGAAGGGGAAUGGUACAACAUUGACAAGAAUCCAUAACACCACUGAUGUGGAUUAUAACUUUCUUAAAAUAAAACCAUACCAUUUUGCAGUAUUCAGCUUAAAUUUAACAGCACCUGAUUACGAAGGAGAUUUCUCUACAGAUAUGCUUAUAACAACUCAGUUCCAGGAUAUAUGGAUUCCUAUAUCAGUAAGAACAGCUGCUGGGAGCCUGCACUUUAUACCAGAAUCACUUGUAUUUGACAAAGCAUAUCCUGGGAAUAUUCCAUACAGAGUAAUACAGAUAUACAGUACAUUCCGUGAAUACAUGACAGUGACCGGCGUGUCGUUCCAGCCGUCAGAUCCUAGGUUCUAUUACAAAUCAACCAACACAGACAGGAUCGUGUUGGAACCUUUACACAAUACUGUAGUUGGCAGAGUUUAUUUUGAUGCAAAAAAGGAAUGUGGCGAAGACUGCUAUGUAGGAUUACCGCUGAACACACCUCCUGGACAUCAGUGGUUGCUUGGGCUUACUUUAGAAAAAGAAGUUGCCGAUACAGAUCAAUAUUUUUUCACAAGAUUGCAACAAAAAUGGCAUAAAAUCCAACAGGCUGGCCUUCAUACGGCCAAUGUUACUAUAGAGUUGGAUACAAGUGAAGUGAGAGGCUUUUUAUACUCGGCUCAAGCCCACAUGGAAUGGCCUUCGCUUGUCAAAAUGUGCAAGAUCCGAUUUCCUCUUACACAGAUCGGAAAUUCUUCUACGGCAGACUUCAUCGUAGAGAAUCCUGGUACAUCUCCAGUACUGAUACAGAUGGUUCCACUGGCUUUUUAUCCAAAUGCUCAAACUUUGCUGGAUAUGCUGAAUUGGAGAAUAUCAUCAGAAAUUACAGACUAUAUCGAGACAGAAGAUGUAGAUAUUUUUACUCUUCCUGAUUUAGAGAGAUACAAUACAAAUCCAAAAAGUGUAGAGGAUAAAUUUGGGGUUAAACCUCACCCAGAGAGCAUCACAACUAUUUUAGGCCCAGAUGGAAAAAUCAAAGUUCGAGUUGGAUUCCACCCAAAGGAUGAUAUUUCACGAACAUCUCUAAUACUCAUCAGGAACAAUGUGACAAUUUUAGACGCUUUAGUUAUUCAGGGACAGGGCGGUCGAGGCGAGAUGAAACUCAGCAACAAAAAACCAGGGUCUGGUAUACCACUCCAGUUUGACAUGACAGAGAAACAUCUAAAAAACUGUGAUAAAAAGAAGCACACAAAAAGCAUGACACCCAAUUUUACUGUUAGAAGAUCCUUCACUCUGAAAAAUACAGGAGAACUACCAUUUUAUGUGCAUGGUUAUUGUAUCAAUGGAGCGCCUUGUGAGGGUUAUGGCUUUAGGGUACUUGAUUGUGAUGGCUUCCAAAUGCUUCCCAAUACCAGUCGCAAAAUUGAUAUAGCGUUCACCCCUGACUUUACCAUGUCUAGGAUACGUCGGACGCUGACAGUAUACACAAGUCUGGGGGCACCAGCUAACUAUACCCUCCAAGCUACUGUACCACCACAUACUUUAUCCAAGUGCUCCGCCGCCCUACCUCGGCCUAAUUGGGAACCUGUGCUCUAUUACUCUAUAGUAUGUGCCAUGGGCUUCCUGCUCUGCUGUAUUUUAGUAGCAGCUUACUUUGAAGCAGAUAGAAUAUUUGUGUCUGAUAUUAUCCGUAGGAAGAUAAAAAUCAGCAGUUCCACACAGACCUUUGAUAAGGGUAAAGUAUUUGAUCUCAAGCAAGUGGCCGGUAUAAAUAACUGUGCUCCAGUAAAGCUUUCCCAGCUGACAGAGGGACGUAACCCACCUAAUACAAAGCCCCUAAUGGAAUUAUCCAAUGGGCAUGUAGAGCACAAUUCAAAAACUCAGCCCUUCUAUUCUACUCUUCUCAGUAUUGCUAAGAACUUUUUCUCUCCGAAACCCUCUCGUGCUCCUGCUCGACCAAAAGUGGAGGUGCAGGAAUCUUCUGAAUCUACACAACCGAUAGGUAAUAACUGUAAACCUGGGCAGGAGAAAGAAAAACCUUCUCUGAAGCAGGAAUCAUUUAUAUCUGAGAAAUCCAUACCCACACAGAAGACAAAAAAAUCCAAGGCAGCUAAACGUCAACACGAACUCCACCUUAACACAGAGAAUCAUUGUCUUCCCACACGCGGGGGAAACAAGGAGACAUCAACCCUGGACAACAAGAAACUACCAAACGAGUCUGUCCGUCUGUCCCUAAUGGAUAAGAUGGACAAACAAGAACGAUAUGGAAAGACACGGUCAAGCUCAAUGACCGAUACACUAGACGAUAUCACCUUACCAGAUGAAUUGGUCAGCAAUACUCAGGCGACCAUGGACGGUAAGAACAAAGGCAAGAAAAGAAUGAAACGCUCAGAACGAGAUGCAAUCCCCGUCAAUAGAUAUGUGAGGAACAUCUCCGACGACAAGGACGAAACGUCCUCCACUACUACAGAAUCCUCCGUGGGAGAUGGUGAUGAGAAGAGCUCAAGUGCAAGAGAUUCCACUCCUGAGCCCCCACCAUCCAAGCCACGCAAGUCUAAACCCCGAACAGUCAAAAUGCUUGGUCAUUACGACGAUACCUAUGAUGAUGAUGAAUUUGAAUUGACCUCCAAAUCUAAGGCCCAUAAGAGGAUCAAGGUCAGCUCCAAGGACGCCUACGGUGGCAACAUCCUCAUGCCUGAUACCUAUGAUCUACCAUACAACUUGGAAAAUAAGACAGAAAAAAAUAAAAAUGGCAGCAAUACCACUGAUAACAACAGAAAAUCUGGAAAAUCAAAGACUCAAACUAAAGGACCGCUCCCCUCGUCCUGGCCGGGACUGGACUCGAGCGAGGAUAGUGACACCCCACCUAACUGGGAUACCCCCAGUCCAGUACCUGAAGACCUCAGUGAGCUGUCCAUUCAAACAGAGAAUUUUGCCCAGAAACAGAAAUCACCAACGGCAAAUGGCUUCAGUUUCUCCCCAGACGGAUUGACGAGCAGCAGUCGCUCAAGUAGCUACAGUAGCAUUGUCAGUAACAACAGCACUGAGGGACAGACCAAGCCGAAGGCCAAUGAAAAACGCUUCCCUGCUGGAUUUGUGCCAUUCUGUGGUGAACCUCUUCUCCCAGCAUCUGCCGUGAACAAUUGUGUGAAAGAUGUUGUUUUAUCGGGAAUUGGCUUAUGCAACAACAGUUUUGGUCUACAGACAAUACAGGAGACUCGUUUGACAUCUGGUUUACAAGAAUCUGGAUCUGACCCAUUCGCUCAACAGGACACUCCAUUUGGAAAUACAGUCUUCCCAGACACUCCUCUGUACAACUACAGUCCCACUGGCACCACAAGCGGUGGCAUCAGCCCCACAACACCUUCCACGCCUACGUCAAUUGCCACUAGCACUGCUGCACCAGGAUUCGACCAGCCACAGACGAUGAUGCAGAAGCUGAUGGCAGACAGACGUCGACGUGUCAAGGAACACCAGAUCAGAUUCAUGAAGGGACAAGAGUGGCCAGGCUUUGAUUACCCCGCCGUAAGGAGUGAGAGUCUGUGGGACUCGGAAUACCAUUCCAUGGAGAACAGAAACCAAUGGUCCACCACUACUGACUCUCCACCGACUUCCUCAAGUGGAGGUCUUUGGAGCACUCUGACCAAUAGUGCUAACUCUGGCUGGAACUCUCUGAUGUCUUUCACCUCUGGAUGGAGUGGCAACACUCCAACCUCGGUCUCCACUUCUGCCGAUACCAUGACGACUGAGAGCUUCAACGGCAAUGAUGGCACCCACUCUCCAACCCCGAAUAGUACUCCCGAAAAUGUUGGAACUUUCGACCCAUUCAACUCAAUGGCUAAUAUUUGGGGACCAAAUGCUCCAAACACCAGCAGUGGAUGGAACUAUCCACCACCAACUGGAGAUAAUAUGAACUAUCCCCCACCAACGGCCGACAAUAUGAAAUUUCCCCCUCCCUCCAUGGAGGGUCGGAGUAUGCCUCUACAUGCAGGCGAGGCCAGAAGUUUCUCUGCACCAGCAGGCGACAACAAAGAUCGUCAGUUACAGUAGACAAUUUGAGAGCACAAGCAGCCUUCCAUAGUUACCUCCCUUUAAGCCCUUUUCAGUAUUGCUUUUUACACACUGAUAAGUACAUAUUUUUGAAUUUUUAAUUAAUGUCCAAUUAUUGUUUUGUUUUUCCUUUUAAUUUUCUGUGUAGUUGAUACCCCAGUCGUACCUGUUUGAUCAUGUUUGGGUCAUGCUUAGUAUGACUGAUAUGAAACUAAUAAUUAUAGAAAUAUUGCCGAGGUUUGUGCUCAGUUCUGUUGCAUGUAUAUUUUGGCAAUAAAUAAACAUGACUUAAUGAAUAUUCAUCCCAACAUUAUGAAUAUUCAUCCAACAUUAUGAAUAUUCAUCCAAACAUUAUGAAUAUUCUUGCUCACUUUAUGAAUAUUCAUCCCUACAAUAUUGCCAUAUUGCAAUUUGCUGUGUUGGUAGACUUGGAAUGUUUUGAAUUUUUUAAUAACAUUACUUUUACCUGUGUUUUAUCAGGAUUCAAUGAUUUUAUAAAUUUAGAUGUGAACCAUCAUUGUUUUCUCUUUAUGUUCCAGUAGUGAUACACAAAAAAAAACUGUUUGUUCACGAUUUGUUAAUCAUGUGUAUUAGGAUCUGGCUGUCAGAUAAGCAUUCUUUUUAAAUUUUGACUAUGUUAAGCCCCUGUGAUAGUACUCCAAGGAAGGCUGCUUGUACUCUACAACUUUGUCACAACUGUAAAUGUCACAGAUACUGUUGUCAUGACAACCUCAUAUUUGGUGUUGUGUUUGUAUAUUUUAUGGGGAAAAUUACAAGUAACUCAUCUGGAAUUUUAGUAUGUGUAGAAUUGAACCUUGUGGAAAAAGAAGGCUUUUGUUAAAACUAAAAUACUGAAAAAAUAAAAACAGUCGUUUCAUUAACACUGCAAACAAAUUCUAAAAUUUACAUGAUAAUUUUACAACCACAUGAUGCAUUAUCUACCUAGAAAAAUCAAACCUGUUACCUGUUUUCAAACUAGAGUUUAAAAAAAAUCAUAUUCCACUUGGUUGAUUCCACAUCAAGAAUUCCUUAAAUGAAAUAUGAUGUGUUACCACAUCAAGAAAGAACCAAUUUGACAAUAUAAUGUACCACUGGUUGAAAAUUAAUCCAUCGGACCAGAGUCUUAAGGCCAACUGGUAGAUGGUAUAGAUGACCAAUCUGAGUGGUGGUACCCCCAAACUGGACAGUAAAACCGGACUUUACUUUUUAUCCUAAUGAUACAUCACAAUCGUGUCCAGACAAUGGAGUACAAAAGACAUUCAUGUUAUAGAACAAGAUGUUUUAAGAAAAUUAGAGCAAAGAUAUUUCUGCUCAUCUAAUGAUUUGUGCCAAGUUUACUGCAAGUAGUAAAUAUUGGAUCUGUUUACUAGGUUCUGUUUAUACUCUUUUUAAUUUACAUUAAAAGGGAGUGAAUGUAGUGGAGAACAAACACCAGGCACAAACAUUUUUAAAAAUUAGAUUUGCAGAUAUCUUUGUCAAAUUCUCCAUUUAGAAUCCUUAACUAAGGCUAUAUAAAUCCUCCACACCAGUGGUCUGUAAGAUUAUUACAACAAAAUGUGACUUAUCCCUAGGUAGGCCCCCUAAUGUCUGAUAAACGGCAGUCCCCGUGUGGAUGGCCGCAGCAAGUUCUUGUGAUGAUCAGGCCUCUCCUUUAAGAAAUCCAUUGUUUUUGUUAUGUUUGAUCAUUUCUUGUUGUCCUCUAUAUAAGUACAAGGCCAGAUCGUCAUGACAACUGCUGAAGCCCCUCCCACCGGUGAUACAGCCUCCCUAGGACACACCCUACUCAAUGUCCUGAUCCUCUCAGGCUUCUUAAAAUCCUCGGUUGCCACAUAUAAGUGCAUGCAAUGCGUUCUAUCAGGCUUUUGUCUCAUUACUAAGAUUGAAGUUUAUUGGUACAUUUAUAGCAAUAAAUAGCACUAUUCAAUUCAUUUCAAGUAUGUAUACAGGAAUAUUGAAAGUAUUUAACCAUAUAGAUGAAGAACUUGCUAUACAUUAUCUCCGCUUCAAUCAGUCUUGUCACUGAUUCAUAUUAUUAAUAUUCUGCAGCUAUUAUAGGGAUCAUGGUUUAAAACUUGUUACGCAUAAUUAUGAAAUAUUAGCUUUUGAUUUUACCAAUAAACAGGCUGGUUGUAAUGAGAAUAUCUUGCGUCUCUUGGCUUAACAUGUGGUAACUCUUCAGUCUUGGACAAGAUAUGGAUCAUGUCAACAAAUGACAGAACUAUAAAUGUCAAAAUUUUCAAGACCAUUACAUAUUAGGUUGUUAACAUGUGUGACCUGCAUUGUACCUAGAACUUACUUGUGGUUGACUGAAGAUUUUAAGAUGCCGCUGGGUUGGUGAAUAACCAUCGAUUUUGACAAAAUUUUAACCAUAUUAGGAUGUGACCUUGCAUUAACUUCAGGGUCGUAUUAUCCCAUGGUUGUAGAAUACCUAUGUAGGAAUUAUUCCCUCCUCUCUGUUUUGGUUUUGCUUUCCUGUAAGUUUUGCCUGACAUUGAUAUACUUGUUCUGUUUUAAAUUAUGGCAAACUUUUAAUAAUGUAGUUUAAAUGUACAUCCCCAAUUUCUCUCUAAUUUUGACAUCUUCAUCUUGAUUAGUCUUCCUUCUAUCUUCAUGCCUUCCUUUCUUGCCAUGGUUCUCCUUUUUUGAAGAUUUAUUCUCUUAAGCUAUCUUUCCUAGUGUGCUGUUUGAUUAACCUGCCGAAUAUAAUAUUCUGUGCUAUUUUUGUAUGAAUAACCCACCAGAGUUUAACGGAUUUGCUACAUUUUUAGGCUUUCUUUACUCAUAAAGAAUUGUUAACUUCAAUGAACUCCGUAGCACCUCUCUAGAUCAGAGGUUCUGAUAGAUAUUUAUUUUAUUGCAAUUUAAUAUGUUUUUUAAUGGUAUUGGAAAAGCACUUUUUUACAAAUCAUUAGGACGUGUUGAAAGUGAUUUCCCUUCUGUAUACUUAUUGUUAAAGAAGUACUUACCCUAUAUAAACUUGAGUCACAUUUUGUUGUCCUGAUGUAGCGCUAUCUCGUGUAUUUUGCCCGAUUUGAGACUUGUUGUUUCUGGAUUGAUGCCUCGCUCUGUGUAUAAGACCAAAGUGGUCCAAAGUUGUCAGCAUGGACUCCCUUGUGGGGUUCGUGUCUGGCUCACUUUAUUUCUGUGGAGAAUCUAUGAUAUUACUAUUUUAACAAACACAGUAACAAUCUAGCUUCCACGUUAUAAGCAAACAACUUUUGAAACUUUAAAAAAAAAAGACUUGAAUAAAAAAAAUGUUUUUACUGCA